CCACCCUCUCCAAAGACUUUCGGAGAUUCUCCAAACCCGAGUUCUACCUCACAGGCCUACAGUCUCCGAGAUGUGGACCUCACUGUCCUUGAUAUCAAUCCUCUCCGCUGUCCAGUUCACCUUGUGUGACACUCAAAGCAAUGGAAUAUUUGAGCCGUACGAUCUGCUUUUUGAUAACGCGGUGGAGGCGUACUAUAAAGAGGACUGGCUGGCUGUGAUCCUGAACAUGGAAAGAGCUUUGCGGAAUAAAGCAGCGCUGCGUAAAAUCCAGACGCACUGCCGCUUAUCCUGCGCGAAUCACACCGCUUUCGGGGACCCUUUCCCAGGUGUGGGUGUCCCGAUCCCAGGAACCGGGGCCGUGGAGGAUUUAGCGUUUUUCCAGAGGAUUCUCAAACGGGCCGAUUGUGUGAGUGCAUGUGAAAGCGAGAAAACGGGACCACCGACACUCCAUAAAGUUAGUGAGGCUAUAGAGCUGGAGUUCAAGAAGAGGACGCCUUACAAUUACCUGCAAGUGGCUUACUUUAAGAUAAACAAGCUUGACAAGGCAGUGGCAGCAGCAAAUACAUUUUUCAUAGCAAACCCUGACCACGUAGAGAUGAAACAGAAUUUAGAGUACUACAUGAUGAUGGCCGGGGUGCAAGAGACAGAUUUCAAGGACCUGGAGGAGAGACCGCACAUGACUGAAUUUUUAGAGGGCAAGAUUCAUUACAGUGCAGAAGAUUUUGCCCCAGCCAUCGAGCACUUUGAAGCCGCUGUUGAAGAAUAUUUCACUGCUUAUGAAGAAUGCAGAGUUCUUUGCGAAGGAGCGUUCAAUUAUGACGGUUACAACUACAUGGAGUACAACGCUGAUCUCUUUCAAUCUGUGACAGAUCAUUACCUUCACGUUCUGAACUGCAAACAGAACUGCGCUGUGGAUCUGGCAUCCACCGCUGGAAGAGAGAAGCCUUUUGAAGAUUUCCUCCCAUCGCACUUUAACUACCUUCAGUUCUCAUACUAUAACAGUGAGAAAUACGAGCAGGCCAUUGAGUGUGCUAAAACAUACCUGCUCUUCCACCCUGAGGAUGCGGUUAUGGCUCAGAACUUGGCGUACUAUUCAGCUGUGCUGGGAGAUGACAAAGCCGUCAACAUUACAGCCAGAGAGGUUGUUAAGCAGCACAUUAAGAGGUCUUUGCUGGAAAAAGAGCUUCUUUACUUUGGCUAUGAGAUGUUUGGUAAAACUUUUGUUGAUCCAGACACAUGGACCCCCGAGGACAUCAUACCCAAGAAACUAAGAGACAAACAAAAGGCGGACAAAGAAACAGCCGCCAGGAUUACAGAGGAGAUCACUAACCUGAUGAAAGAGAUCGAGACACUUGUAGAAGAGAAGAGUAAAGACUCAUCAGACCUGGUCAAGUUGGUGAAAGAUGAUAUCAAUCCAGCCCCUGCUCCAGAAACUGCCAACAAACUCCCGGAAACCCUGACAUCCUCAGCCCUGAAUGGUUCACAGCGGGUCGUCCUGGAUGGUGUAAUCACGUCCGACGAGUGUCAGGAGCUUCAUCGCCUCUCAAGUGAAGCAGCUAUUCAAGAUGCUUUUAAAGCAACACCCUCCCCUCAUUCGGCGAGUGAGAUGUUUCAGGAUAUUUUGGUUCUCAAAGCUCUGCAGGAGGAUCUGGUUCCCUUGAAGAGUGCACGUUUGUUUUCCGACCUCAGUGAGAAAAUUCGAAAGCUUCUGGAAUCUAACUUUGGUCUGGAAUCGCCCCUGUAUUUCUCUAGCUCAAACCUGGUCUGCCGAUCUGCCAUCGAGAAACAGGAGGAGCGUGCAGACUGUCUGCUCAUCUCAGAGCUCAACGACUGUAUCAAAGAUCCAUCAGCGUACAGCGAUCAAGGCUACAGUGCCAUUUUGUACCUCAAUGACAUCUUUGAAGGGGGAGAUUUUAUCCUCACCGAGUCAGAUGCCAAAACUGUCUCUUCUGUAGUGAAGCCUCGGUGUGGUACAGUCGUGGGAUUCAGAGCUGGACAGGAUAACCUUCAUGGAGUGACCGCAGUUACCAAAGGCCAGAGGUGCGCUGUAGUGCUUCAGUUCACUCUGGAUCCUCAUCACAAUGAGAAGGAGCGUUUACAGGCUGAAGAACUUCUGAAAAAGCUUUCCAGCCCACUUGAUGCUGAUGUCCAGAAAACAGUAAUGGACAGUGAAGCCAAACCCUCUGAACCUGAAGAAACAGUUUCUGUUAAAACAACCGAAAAAGACACCGUAAAGACAAGCACAUCUGCAGAACAACCUACCAAAGCUACAGAGGACAACAAAACUGACAGCAAAGUGGUGAAGAAAAGUGAAAAACCAAAGGCAAAAACAUCAAAAAAGCCAGCAAAAAAAGAAACCCAAACAAAAGCUAAAGCAGACAAAACAAAGAGCACAGAGUCAGACAAAACAAAAACCACAACAGCUGAGAAAAAGAAAUCAAAAACAGCUAACAAGACAAAACCUGUAACAUCAGACAAAAAGAAGAAAACAGGCAAAACAACUGUUAAAAAUACUGCAGAUGACAAGAAAACAAAGCCAACGACCACAGAACCUAAAGCUGCUACAGUUGAAAAACACAAGGUUGAGUUAUGAGCCUCACGCAGAAGAGCUUCUGUGUUUUAUUCUUUUUUUUUUUAAUUAGUGAUGUAGGAGUGGUGAUGGAUCUGUGUUUUUGUAAAAAAUUUUAAAGACUCGUGAAUUUGAAGCCGUAUCACAGGAGUGUAGACUUGACAAUCAAGUUGACUUGUAUUUUCUCUUUUGCCUGAAUUGUAAUUAUUUCUAUUCUUGUCUCAGGAACUGAAAUACAGUUGUAACAUUUCGUGCUCCUUGAAAGACUAAGGCAGCUUUCAGAGAUUACAUUUGCCACUUUGCAUUCCCACAAUAACUGAAUAAAAGCGACAUGCUUUUAAAUGAUAA